AUGUGGUGCCAUGAAGAGCCCGGGGGCCACAAUGUGGCGCCAAGAAGAGCCCGGGGCAACAAUGUGGUGCCAAGAGGAGCCCGGGGGACCACAAUGUGGUGCCAAGAAGAGCCCGGGGGCCACAAUGUGGCGCCAAGAGGAGCCCGGGGGCCACAAUGUGGCGCCAAGAGGAGCCCGGGGACCACAAUGUGGCGCCAAGAAGAGCCCGGGGGCCACAAUGUGGCGCCAAGAAGAGCCCGGGGCCACAAUGUGGUGCCAAGAAGAGCCCGGGGGCCACAAUGUGGUGCCAAGAAGAGCCCGGGGGCCACAAUGUGGUGCCAAGAAGAGCCCGGGGGCCACAAUGUGGUGCCAAGAAGAGCCCGGGGGCCACAAUGUGGCGCCAAGAAGAGCCCGGGGGCCACAAUGUGGCGCCAAGAGGAGCCCGGGGCCACAAUGUGGCGCCAAGAAGAGCCCGGGGGCCACAAUGUGGCGCCAAGAAGAGCCCGGGGGCCACAAUGUGGUGCCAAGAAGAGCCCGGGGGCCACAAUGUGGCGCCAAGAAGAGCCCGGGGCCACAAUGUGGCGCCAAGAAGAGCCCGGGGGCCACAAUGUGGUGCCAAGAAGAGCCCGGGGGCCACAAUGUGGUGCCAAGAAGAGCCCGGGGGCCACAAUGUGGCGCCAAGAAGAGCCCGGGGGCCACAAUGUGGUGCCAAGAAGAGCCCGGGGGCCACAAUGUGGCGCCAAGAAGAGCCCGGGCCACAAUGUGGUGCCAAGAAGAGCCCGGGGGCCACAAUGUGGUGCCAAGAAGAGCCCGGGGGCCACAAUGUGGUGCCAAGAAGAGCCCGGGGCCACAAUGUGGCGCCAAGAAGAGCCCGGGGGCCACAAUGUGGCGCCAAGAAGAGCCCGGGGGCCACAAUGUGGCGCCAAGAAGAGCCCGGGGGCCACAAUGUGGUGCCAAGAAGAGCCUGGCGCCUUCUCUAAAGUCUAG